CAUCGAACCCAUGCAUAUACCCCCUUCAUAAUUGUCCGUCAGUCCGUGAGAGGAAAGGAGAGGAGAUCCGAGUGAGAAACCCUAAUCAAGUGCCUACCCUUCCCCCUCCUUUGUUCUUGUGCUUCUCUGGCGUGUUUCUCCUUCCAUCGGCGCCUUCUCAACUUGUUCCUUCGUUUGUGUAGCUUCUGAAUCCCCUGCUUAUUCAGCUUAAGAUUAUUGUGUCUGUCUUCUUUUCGCAGGGCUUCAAUUCGAGAAUAAUUGUGAAGUUGGUGUUUUCUCCAAGCUCACGAAUGCAUACUGCUUGGUCGCGAUUGGAGGAUCUGAAAGCUUCUACAGUAUCUUUGAGUCUGAGUUGGCAGAUGUCAUUCCCGUGGUUAAGACCUCGAUUGGGGGCAUUAGAAUAAUCGGGAGGCAAUGUGUUGGUAAGAUGAGUGUUGAUUUAUCAGUUGUUUCGUAUUAUUCUAGCAUUGAUUUAGGCUCACUGCUCGAGCAUUUGCUUUGGCUUGCAGGAAACAAAAAUGGACUUCUUCUGCCACACACCACCACUGAUCAGGAGCUGCAGCACUUGAGGAACAGUCUCCCUGAUUCAGUUGUUGUCCAGAGGAUAGAGGAGAGGUUGAAUGCUUUAGGAAAUCACGUUGCUUGUAAUGACCAUGUUGCUCUUGCACAUCCUGAUCUUGACAGGGAAACUGAGGAGCUGAUAGCUGAUGUUCUUGGAGUUGAAGUAUUCAGGCAGACGAUCGCUGGUAACAUUCUUGUAGGAACCUACUGUGCUCUUUCAAACAGAGGCGGCAUGGUGCACCCCCACACUACCAUUGAAGAGCUCGAUGAGCUUUCCACCCUUCUCCAGGUCCCCUUGGUUGCCGGGACAGUUAACCGUGGCAGUGAUACUGUAGCUGCAGGGAUGACGGUGAAUGACUGGACAGCAUUCUGUGGCUCAUACACUACGGCGACAGAGCUGUCUGUUAUCGAGAGCGUUUUCAAGUUGAGGGAAGCUCACCCCAGUGCCAUUGUGGAUGAGAUGAGGAAGUCUUUGGUUGACAGCUAUGUUUGAGAGAUGUUGUGGUGCAUGUCAGCUGGGAGUGUGGCACCAUCUCUGUCUGUAGUCCUACAUUGGACUCUUGGAAUUGGAGUGACAGAAUGGAAAAGGAACAAGACGACUAUUGUGGUCGGAGGCUCUCGUCUCAAUUUUACCUUAUCUUGGGCCGAUCCAGGUUUUUGGUCAAAUGAGUGGGCUUUAAUGAUUUAACAUACGCUGCUAUCUAAAACCCAACCGAUUCACAUGACCUAAGGCAGUACCGUCUAUUCAGGCGGGAGAAGUUAGGGUGCUAACUCUCCGUGCUAAUGAAGGGCUUAUUUGGUAUUUUGAAAUAUUAAAAAAUAAGUUAAUUAAAAUCAAAUUUACUUUUCUCUCUCCUGUUUUUACUAUCCAUUUUUUACCGAAAAUUACCACUAAAUUCAUUAAUACUUAGAUUAAUAAUAUUUUUGGCUGU